AAAAAAUGGCAAUAAUCACAAAAUUCCAUCACUUUUUCUCAUUAUUCUAUAAGCAACGAAAGCUUCCUCCGAAGUCGCAACCGCAGAAAGUUCCCUCGCCAUAUUCGCCGCCGCCGUCAACGCCACCACCGAUCGAUCGAGAUAUGGGAGCAGCACAAGCGAUGAAGAGAAUCCCCCGGAUCAAGUUUCCUCAGCGUCAUCCGGCGCCUUCUGGUUCUGCUACUCAAACCCAAGCAACACCUGUUGCCAAUGAUGUCCCUUCAAGCUUUUUCUCAAAGUCUGCUCCUUCUGAAAAAACUCUAGGGGGGAAAGCAUCUCUUCAACCCAAAAGAACACCAAUGUCUCAAGAAGAGAUUGAUGCUAUUAUGUUGGGAGGGUGUUUAUGAAGCUGAUGAUCAAGCUUCAAGAAGAGAGAAGAGUCAUGUUUUCAUUUCAAGUUCUUCUAUGAAAGAUUGCUGUAUGUUAUGAGAAAUCUAAACCAUUUUCACGUUUUGUCCAUAAACGUAUGGUUGAAUAUGAAUUCUCCAUUUUAUAUAUAUAUUAGGUAUGUUUUUAUGUUCUUUAUCAUGGUAUUUUGCCCUUCAAUGUAAACAAAGAAUUGGGCUUUUGUUGCUUAAAUUCCCAAUUUCAGAGGUUUGGGGAAUACUUUUAACCUUUUCAAUUUGGUUUGGUUUUUACAUAUUUGCAACUUGAAUUGUCUUGGAAAAGUAAUGACUGACUUUGGUCAUUGGAUUGAUACCGAAAUUAAUAUCAAAUUGUCAAUGAUACAAAAAUAAUUGCAAUUUUUGUGUCACUCAAAAGGUAAAUCUUUAUUAAAAAUAAACACAAAAUUAUGAUAAGAGAUACAGAAGCAUGAAUUGGAAGAAAUGUUAUUAAGAUAUAGCGGUGGUACACCCUAUGUCGUCUUUGUAUCAAUAUGUGUGAAGCCAUC